AUGGACCAGAAAGCCGGCUUCUUCAGCGAUCUCAAGGGAGGCAAAAACUCUAGCGUCCUCUGCUUCCGCGCCACCAUGAGCACAUCCGCCGGCGUGUGGCUCGACGAACACCCCCUCGAGUUCUCCUUUCCCCUCCACCUCGCGCAACUCUCCAUCAUCAUCCUCUCCUGCCAUCUCGUCCAUUUCCUCCUCCGUCGCAUCGGCCUCCCCAAAGUCAUCUCCCACACCAUCGCCGGCAUCCUUCUCGGUCCCUCCCUCCUCUCCCGGAACCAUCUCUUCCAGGAAAUUAUUUUCCCCCUCCGCAGCUGGGUUCACCUCGAAGUCGUCUCCCAACUCGCCUUCGUUCUCUUCAUCUUCGUCAUCGGAGUCAAGACCGAUCUCGGCCUCAUCCGCCGCUCAGGACGCGAGGCCUUAGGCGUCGCAAUAACCAGCACCGUCUUCCCCUUCAUCACCAUCAUCGUGGCUGCCCUCGCUCAUUCUGGCAUUGUUAACGACACCAGCUAUGGCAGCAUUGUAAUCAAUAUCGCUCGACGAUGGUCCCUCACUUCCAACACCGUCGUCGCUUGUCUUCUAGAUGAGUUCAAUUUGCUCACCACCAACCUCGGCCGUCUAGCUCUCUGCGCCUCUCUAAUUUCCGACAGCUCUCUCGUCAUGAUAGUCGCCAUCUUCAACUCCAUAUAUUACAGCAACUCCAUCCUCUUCACCUUCGCAUCCCUCUUCUCUUUUAUCGGCUUAAUCCUCUUCAUCUGGGCCGUAGCACGCCCGCUCGCCGUCUGGAUAGUUCGCCGGACUCCGGUCGGCGCCGCUCUCGACGACAACUGCUUCAUCUUCGCUCUCCUGCUAGCUCUAGGCGGUAGUAUAUGCGGCGAGCUCAUCGGCGAAACUCUCAUGACAGGUCCUCUGUUCCUCGGCCUUCUCCUCCCCAGCGGUCCUCCUCUCGGGAACGCCCCCCCCGCUCGCCCCGCCCGCCUCAUGUCCAUCGUCUCCGAAAUCUUCCUCCCCGUCUUCUCCCCCCCCGCCGGUCUCCGCACCAAUCUCUACGAAUUCUCCACCAACUCCGCCGAAUUGAAACGCACCUCCUACCUCAUCUUCUUCGGCGUUGUCGGCAAGUUCGCCGGCGUCAUAAUCCCCUGCCUCUACACAAAAAUGUCAUUCCGCGAAUCUUUCAUUCUAUCCCUCAUGCUCAACUGCCAUGGUGUCGUUGAAAUCUUCCAUUUCAACAGCUGGGAAGACAUCAGCCUAGCCGACUCAGAGGUUUACUCAGCCAAUAUGCUCGCCCUCAUCAUAAUCGGAGGAACUGUCGGCGCUUUGCUCAAAUCUCUAUACGGCAAAUCACUGACCAGACUCGCUGCAAAGAAACACAGAACAAUACAGAGCAUCGGCCAAUUCGGCGAGCUUCGAGUUCUAAUCUGUGUUCAUGGGGAUGACAACGUCCCCCCUCUCCUCAAACUCAUCAACACCAUCCACCCCUCCGCCAUCUCCCCCCUCUGCGUCUAUCUCCUCCACCUCUCCCCUCUCGCAGGACAGAGCAGCACCAUUCUAUCCCCUUACAGGAAGAAGAAACAGCGCGGCCGAGCUUCCUUCAAAUCGCUCUCCACUGGAUCUACUGCAGACCGGAUCGUGAACUCCUUCCUUGAAAUAGAGAGACAGCAGACUAUAACAGGUAGCCUUAGCAUCCUCCCCUUCAUCGGCGUCUCUCCAUACGCCACCAUGCACGAUGAUAUAUGCACACUCGCGCAGGACAAAAUGGUUGAUUUAAUCCUCCUCCCCUUCCACCGGCGAGUGAAGGACUCAACCGAAGCUCUCCUAAUGCCUGAUUCAGUUAAACCGGAGGUUCGAGCGGUGAACACCAGCGUUCUUCUCUACGCGCCGUGCACCGCCGCAAUUGUCGUCGACCGCGGGUUUGCAGAAACGAUGGCCCAUCGCGUGGCUCUGUUUUUCAUUGGCGGAGGUGAUGACAGGGAGGCGCUGGCGCUCGUGAACCGCAUGGUGGAGAAUCCGUCGAUUGAACUAACGGUUAUCAGAUUUAUAGCUGCGAAGGAGUCUGAGAUGCAAGCGAAGGAGGAGGAAGAGUUGAUGGACGAUGAGGCGAUGGAGCAAUUUCUGGUUUAUAAUGAGAGGAAUGAGAAGGUGGUGUAUAGGGAGGAGGAGGUGAGGGAAGGAGCGGAGACGGUGGAGGUAAUACGGCGGUUGAGGGAGGAGUGUGGGUUGAUAGUGGUGGGGAGAGGGGAAGGGAGGGUGGCACCUGCGACGUAUGGGCUUGAGAUGUGGAGUGAGUUUCCGGAGUUGGGGGUGGUGGGGGAUGUGUUGGCUUCCGCGGAUAUUGGAGGGAAGGCGGCGGUGAUGGUGGUGAAGCAACCGGGUAGGGAUAUGGCGGCGGGUGUGAGCAGUAGUACUGUUGGGCUGGUUGGGAGUGAGAAUCAUAGGAGGAGGAGAUGA